AAAAAUAGAAAAAAAAAUCAUCCGAACAACAUUCGACCGAUCAACUAUCUGAUUCAUUAGUUUGUUUGUGAAUUUUUAGCACUUAGUUAAAAUUAUUAAAAUGGAAGCUGCCGGUGAAAACAUUUCCAAGGAGAAUCCAGAAAACGUAUUACCUGAAAAUAAUAACGAAGAGAAAACUUCAACUCCACCUCCUCAAUUAGGCCAGAAAAAGUCCAAAAAAGAAGACAAGAAAAAGGAUGACAAAAACUUGGAACAGUUGAUGAAAUCUCUGAAUUCGCUGCCAACAAUUGAAGAGAAAUUCUCUAUGGUUUGUAAAAAACACAUCCAGUCUACAGAGGAUCUGAAGAAAAUGCAGUUUUACAUCAAGCAAUCAGACAAACGUUAUGCGAUGCUGUUGAAGGAGAAAGAACAGCUCCAACAUGAAUUCAAUAAGACUAUUCUUGUGAAAUCUAAACUAGAAAACCUCUGUAGAGAAUUGCAGAAGCAAAAUAAAGCUAUUAAGGAAGAAUCCCUCCUCAAGAUUCGGGAAGAGGAAGAAAGAAGAAAAGAAACGCAAGCUAAGUUCCAGAAUACACUAUCUGAGAUCACAACUCUUCUGCAGCAGAACAAUGAGAAGAACGCCAAAUUAAGAGACGACAAUAUUAGUAUGAGUGAGAAGUUCAAGAGUGUUGUUCAGCAGUACCAAUUAAGGGAGCAACAGGUUGACAAAAUGGCGAAACAGAUGGCAUUGGAAUCACAAUUAUCAGAUGCGAAGCUACAAAAAGCCAGUCUGGAACACCAAGCGGAACGGGAGAGACUUGUAGCGGAGAUGGAACAGUUGAAGGUGACCUUAGCCCAGUACAGGGCCAAGGUGAUGGAGCUGCAAGGCACGGAGACAGCCCUACGAGGCCAGCUGGGAGUGUACACGGACAAGUAUGACGAGUUCCAGAACGCUUUGGUCAAGAGCAAUCAGGUGUUUGGGGGCUUUAAGGAGCAGAUGGAAAAGAUGUCAAAGAAGAUCAAGAAACUGGAGAAAGAGUCCCUCUCAUGGAAAAAGAAGUGGGAGACCUCGCAGACUGCACUAUUGGACAUGUGCGGGGAGAGGCAGGCGAGUGAGGAGCGGGCGGCCGCGUCGGCUAGACAACUGCAUCAUAUGCAAAGCCUGUGCCGUACACUACAGGGCGAGCGCACACUUCUGUUAAACACGCUGAAAGAGAACAACAUCGCGCGUCCCGCUCUGCCGCCGAUGCCGGCGCUGCCGCCGCCGCAGCCGGCGUCCUCUCCUGCCAACAACGCCAAGGUCGACGCGAUGGCAGCCAACUGCGCACAACUGCGCCAAAGUCUUGCGCAUCUACAAAGCCAAUUGAACGUCCUCACAAACAAUAAGAAUGCAAACACCAAUGCUACUCCCAGCGUGACCCCAGAAGUCCCAGAGCCGCCCAAACCAGAGAACACAAAACAAAAGAAAUCUAAAUCGAAGAAAAACAAAGCCGAAAAACAGGCACAGAAAGCUGCUCAAGACAAAAUAGAAGAAAAAGAAGUCGGUGAAGAAAGUAAUGCCAAAGAGAAUAUAGUAGAUGAAACCACUGCCAACGGAGAAGAAAGGACUAAUAGUCAAGCUGAUCACAUAGAAGAAGCUGUUAAUGGACAAGAAGCUGAGAAUGGAGAAGAAACUGAUAAUAAAGAAAGUCCAGAAGAGAAAGUAGAUGAUAAAACUCUAGAAACACUAAUACAGGCAAUCAAUAGUGCAAACAUCAAUCUUUGUGAUUUGGAAGUCAUAAAUGAUGACAAUGGUAACAUUGACAAUAUAGACGAGUUAGAUAUCAAAGUUACUAGUGAGGAAAAUGGCCAAAAUGAUUCAAGUAUGAAAAUUAUUGAAAUUACUGAAGAGAAGUUAAAUAUUGUAGUGCCAGUUGUCGAUACGAAAUUAACGUCCAAUGAAGAGGUGCAACAAAUACCUGAAGUGAAAUCUAUAGCUGGUGACAGUGCAUAAACAAGGUCAAUUAGUGUUUGAACGAUUUUCUAAUAAUUCAGUGUCAAUCAAUGAGUUUUUUUAUAAGUGUUUAGUAUUACGGCCAUUGCUCAUGUGGAAAUGACGCCUCUAUUUCUGACACAAUUAUGAUCGUAAUGGGAAUAAUAAAUUUAAAUUCAGAUUAGAUAGAUACAUUACAUUACAUACAGACAUUACAGAUUGCACUGCUAGCAUUUGGUGUUUUGACAUUGACAAGUCUUCUAAAGCAUGAUAUGUGAAUGAUGUAGCCAUAACAUAAGAAAAUGCUUGUUUGUACUCUAUGGCAACUCAUGGUUCAUUAAAUGCAUAUGCAAUAUAUUAAAUACAUAUAUAUCAAUUAUUAUCAUCAUAGAACAGUAGAACCACGUUUAUAAGUUAACUCGGCAUUGUUCGACGCCGCAGAAUAGUACAACCGACCGCCGACUCUGGCCGAAUGAAAACAUUAGUGAAAUAACGGACUUAUUGCUACUACAUAAGGUUUUAAAUCCAAAAACAACAGGAGUCGUGCUAUCUCGCUCAUAAUAAUUGUACAAUAUUACACUUGAGGGCAACUGCAGACAUGGCGCGAACGUGUUAGCCAAUAGCGAACGGUUUUGUUCACGCGUCCAAAUGGCGCACUACGAUUGGCGCAGAUAUCUUCGCGCCAUGCAAAAAAUUGAUUUCUGCGCAGGUACAUCGGUGUAACUUAUAAAAGUGGUAGUACUGUAUACAAUUAUUAUAUAAUAAUCAUCAUAAUAAUUUGUGAAGCAAACAAAUAAGAAUGAUUGAACAAUUUAUCUUACAAUGGCUGAAAAAGAUAUACAAUUUAGGUUUCAACACUUAAUGGCUAAGGAAGUAUUUAGGAAACGUGGAAAUUACAGUAAUUGGCUGAGAAAAAUGAUCAUGAAAUACUUGGUUAUUGUUUUGAUUUUUUUUAGCACAAAAAAUUGUUGAUUAUUUCAACAGGGGCGUCAUUUCGACAUGUGUGUACUUUUCUUAUGUUGGUCUCAAUUUCUUGUGUGAUUUUCGUUUGUUAUCAACUUGAAUCAAUUAGAAUCUGAAGUGCCUAAACUAAUGUCUAGUCAGAUAUUUGUCACUACAGGGUUACUUGUAUAACAUUAACUUUUUGCACAGUAGUUACAUAUGUUAUACAGGGUGGUAGGUUAAACUUUAUUAUUCAUGAAAAUAGAGUAUGAUUAGAGUCAAAAAUCUAUUAAUAAAAAUAAAAACGUCCGAUUCAAUUAUCUACACGCCAUACACUGGUACGACUUAAUCAGGAGUAAUGUUUUGAUAUCUGUGAUCCGGGGGAGUACGAUAGAAAACACGUUUAAUUACCAUCAAAACUAAUCGAAUAUUAGUUUUUAUAAUUGUAUGACCAAUUUAAGGGUUCGAAUUCGUAUGUAAAUUAUAAUAAUCUUUAUCCUGACACUCUGCAUAACAAUGUUGGUUUUUUAACAUACUAAUCAUAUAGGGUUACUGAUAUCAAACGCAAAACCUAAAGACUCUUUGGGUACAUCAAAAUAAGCAUGAUUCGAUAGUUUUUUUUAUUCAUAUAAAAAAACAAUCUAAUUUGCGAUUCUAUACAUCUUAACUCUAUGUUACAUGCCAAGCAACACAAGACUACACAGUAGCGUUAUGUAGCGGAAUCGAACAUAGAGGUAACGUUUUAUAGAUACGACAUUAAAACUAAAAGAAGGAGAAAUUGUUGUUACGUUUCGACAAAAGUCGUAGAACAAAAGAUGUUAGUCUCUCUGUACCUUAAUGCUCCUUUGGAAAGCUAUGCAUUAGAUACCAGUAACCCUGUAUAUAGCCUAUGCCCAUACUGACAUUCUAUUCUACGUAUUGGUGAAAGAAUUUAUUAAAUCGUUGCAGUAGUUCCGCAGAUUACCCCCUACAUAUAAACAUGCACACUUCCUCUUUAUAAUAUUAGUAUGAAAAUAUGGAUAAAGAAAAAAAGUUUUUGUUUUUUGUUCAAGAUUUGAUGGGCUAUACCUAUGUGGAAUUAUCAAUUACAGAUCGGCUACGUUGUUGUCAGCGACUGUAGCGCUGCCCAUUGCUCAGUCGUGCUCCUAUGCGACAAAGCAACACGUCGCGGCUCCGUUUUUUCUAUAGCUUGCUUUUGACACCAUUGACGUACGUCGAAUCUCCAUACAAUUUCUGCGUCAAAAAGAUCACGGAGCGCAAUGUGGCAAUGUGGUUCUUAUGUGGCGAGGACUUUAAAUUUAAUUUUUCGGCGUUGUUUGUAGAAAGUUGUCCAAUCACGGAUUUUUAUUGUUUUACAAGUAACCUUGUAUAAUUUCGGUGCAGUUUUGUCACAGUAUUUUAUUGAUAGUGUUUCGUAUAAGUUUUUCUAUGUUAUAAUAGUCCCCGUUGUUAAUUUUGACAUACAAUAUGGCUGCAAAUGAUGCCACAUUUCGUUUGACCUAUCAUUUCUAUUUUAGAUUUGGAUAUGGAUAAAGUUAAAUAUUCAUGAUAACAUGAAGAACCAAUCUUGCAAAAUUAUGUAGAAUACAAAUGUAUCACAUUUUUCAUAAAUAUAUGUCGGGAAAAUAUACAAUACUUGUAUGAAAAAAUGCUAAAAAUAAUAAUUAUUUCGAAAAAUAUUUAUGAUUAUUCUGAUUUCAUAUUUAUCAACGGUAUGAUAUAAAAAUUAUGUAAAUUAAUCAACCACCAGUAACGUAGCUAUUGGUAAGACUAGACGAAUCGGUGCACCCGGCACUUAUGAGCCCUUGGACCAAACAAUGACCUUUAUAAUUUUGCCAAUUGUAAAUCAUUUGAUACUAGAAGUGGGUUUACGCCCAAUAUUUGCCCGCUAUUGGCCAGUUUUUGAUCAAAUAGUGGGCGUAAACCUGUUUAUGUUUGAUACAAUAAAAUGAAUUAAAAAAGACACUGAUUUAACAAUAGGAUAAGGUUAGCUACGCCACUGAAAACCAAUUUAAAAAAUAUACGAAUUAUUGAUGCCUUGGGCUAUUUUAAUAAGAUUAAUUAAAACAUAUUGAAUAAUCAUAAUGCGUAGUUUAACUUUAUUUUGAAGUGUAUUUUGUUACCACUGAAAUAUUGUGCAUUUGUUUUCACAAAAAAGACUAUUUGCGCUGGUAUUUUGAUAAGGAGUCAACUUUAUUACCCAAUCGUUAUGUGACUUAAGUUUUUUUUAAUACAUUUAGAUUUUGUAACUGAA